AUGCACACCACGGGAAAGUUCUUUGAAGCUGAUACUCGAAGUGGAAACCACUCGAGCAUAUUCCUCAUCACCAGCGAUCAAACCUCGAUACGCCUGAACAUGACUAAAGCUGGGCCAACUGAUACUAUGGGAACAUACACAAUAAGUUUUUGUGCCUAUACACAUUCAAAUACCGCUGUCGCGAACAUUGAUAUCACGCCUAUCCAAGGCCUGACAGCCGGUCACGUCACGCAACUCAUCACCCAAAACCGUCGUGAGAGAUAUCAGCUGGCUCGUACUGGUGUUGGUUGUCGCUUCUGGGUCUCGACCGUGAUCAACGAUAUGGCCGUGGCUGGGUACAUUUCUAGUUCCAGUGCAACUAGCGCUUCAAGUGCAAGAGAUAUGUUACAAUACAACUAUUCUAAAGGGCAGCAGCCACAAUUCGAAGAAAUUGUCCCAGGAAGAUUUGUGUGA